UUGGAGAAGAAGCUUCUAAGCGUGAUACUAUUAUAUGUACUGUUCCUAUAUUGUGGCAGGUCGAUGCCUUACGUGAUCUCAGCCUUUGGCCCACUGUGGCCUUCCAAGUCAAUCACUCAAUCUAAAUUGGAUAGCAGCGGCGGAAGGAAUACCAAACGCUCCUUCCUCCCUCCGUCUCGACGUUUCAACUCCUUCCCCAACCUCUUCACCUUCUUCCCCCCCAACCCUCCUCUUAUAUGCUCUUUCUCACCUUCUCUCCCUUGCAAUUAAUUGUUGGGAAGAAAGGCAUGCAUGCAUGAGCUGUUGCAUGCAACAUGCCGCUCGUAGAUCGCCUCUGUUUCGUCUUCCCUGCUCACGCCGACUCCGACGCCGAAGUCCACCCCAUCGAACCAUCUGCCGCUGAGAAGCCGCCUAGGGGUAGGACCGGGCGCGGGCGCAACAUCUCCGCCCGCGCCCGGGGCGUCCUCCGCUGGCUCUGGGGCCGGAGAUGGUGCCGGUGCGUCCCCGACGAUGCCGACCCUCGCGACUCGUCCCACUUCGUCGACAUCGCCGGCGCGCACCUGACGCCUGCUAAGAGUAAGGUCGGCGGCAGCAGUCCCCGUAUAUUUAGCUACUCCGAGCUCUACAUCGGGACCCAUGGCUUCAGCGACAAGGAGGUCCUCGGUAGCGGUGGGUUCGGGCGGGUUUACCGCGCGGUGCUCCCCGGCGACGGCACCGUCGUGGCCGUUAAGUGCGUAUCCGGCCGCGGCGACCGGUUCGAGAAGGCCUUCGCGGCCGAGCUGGUUGCCGUCGCGCAACUCCGCCACCGCAACCUCGUUCGCCUCCGGGGAUGGUGCGUUCACGACGACCAGCUCCUGCUGGUAUACGACUACAUGCCCAAUCGCAGCCUCGACCGACUCCUCUUCCUCCCGGCGACCGGCAGUGCCCCGCCGCUCGAUUGGGCCCGGCGGAGGCAUAUAGUGUUUGGUCUGGCCGCCGCGCUGUUCUACCUGCACGAGCAACUCGACACGCAGAUCAUCCACCGCGAUGUCAAGACCAGCAACGUGAUGCUCGAUUCGGAGUUCAAUGCCCGGCUGGGGGACUUCGGCCUCGCCCGGUGGGUCGAGCACGGCGACGAGUUCGACACCUCGAUGCGGUCGGUCUCCGCCGAGAAUUACCAGUUCCGGCUGACGGAGACGAGCCGGAUCGGCGGCACCAUCGGGUACCUCCCGCCGGAGAGCUUCCAGAAGCGGGGUGCGGCGGCGGCCAAGUCGGACGUAUUCAGCUUCGGAAUUGUGGUGCUGGAGGUGGCGACCGGGCGGCGGGCGGUGGAUCUGACCUUCCCGGAUGACCAAAUCUUCAUGUUGGACUGGUUGCGGCGGCUGUCCGACGAGGGGCGGCUCCUGGACGCCGGAGACCACAAGCUGCCGGACGGUUCCUAUCCGCUGGCGGAGAUGCGGCGGCUCAUCCACCUAGGCCUCCUCUGCUCCCUCUACGACCCGCAGUCGCGGCCGACCAUGAAGUGGGUGAUGGAGAUUCUGUCGGAGAGCUCCUCCGCCAAGCUCCCGGCGCUCCCCUCCUUCCAGUCACAUCCCCGGUACAUCGCCUUCUCCUCUUCCAGCACCGCCACCACUACCACCACCGCCACCACCUCCAACUACGUCACCGCCGCGAACACCACCAUGUUCCUCACCGCCGACAACAGCGGCGCCUCCAGCGGAGGCAGCAGCGACAGCCGUCGUACCCAGAAGCCGAUCCCGAGCAUCGACACGCCCCGCGAGAUUACCUACCGGGAAAUCGUGGCCCUCACCAACAACUUCUCGGAGUCGCAGAUGGUGGCGGAGCUCGAUUUCGGCACCGGCUACCACGGCUACCUGGACAACCGCUUCCACGUGCUGGUGAAGCGGCUGGGGAUGCGGACGUGCCCGGCGCUGCGCGCCCGGUUCUCGGACGAGCUCCACAACCUUGCGCGUCUGCGCCACCGUCACCUGGUUCAGCUCCGUGGGUGGUGCAUCGAGAAGGGGGAGAUGCUUGUCGUCUACGACUUCUCUACCACCAGCCUUCUCAGCCACUACCUCUUCCACAGGAAGAACUCGGUCUUGGCAUGGCACCACCGGUACAACAUCAUCAAGUGUCUCGCCUCCGCCAUUCUCUACCUUCACGAGGAGUGGGAGGAGCAGGUGAUCCACAGGAACAUCACGUCCUCCGCCAUCUCUCUGGACCACGACAUGAACCCCCGCCUUGGCAGCUUCGCCCUCGCGGAGUUCCUCUCCAGGAACGGCCACGGCCACCACGCCCCUGCUUCCGGCCACGGCUCUUCGGCUCGUGGAAUAUUCGGGUACAUGUCGCCGGAGUACAUCAGGACAGGCGAGGCGACGACGAUGGCGGACGUGUACAGCUUCGGCGUGGUCGUGCUCGAGGUCGUGAGCGGGAUGAUGGCGGUGGACUUCCGGCGGCCGGAGGUUCUUCUGGUGAAGAACGUGUGGAAUUUCGAAUCCAGUCAGAGGCCAUUGGCAGAGCUUGCAGAUCGGAACCUCGACGGGGCGUUCCACCAUGAGGAGCUAAUGAGGCUAGUGAAGCUUGGCAUAGCGUGCACGCGCUCGAAUCCGGAAUCGAGGCCGAGCAUGAGGCAGAUCGUAAGCAUAUUAGAUGGCAAUGAUGAGUUACUGAGAAUGACGAGCCAUAGAAAGGAGGGUGAAGAAGACUGGGAUGAGAAGAACGCUUCUUCCCUAUCAAUGGUCAGGAGAAUACAAGCUCUUGGCAUACAGUAAGAUCUCAGAUACAGAGCUCAUUUUUGUGUACUCAAAACCGUGCUGUGAGAUCUUUGUUUGGUCUUUGUAAAUACUGCUUGUCACUCUUUUGCUUGUGAAUCUGCUCACUGCAAGUAGGCAUUCUUCGGCAACACAGUCCUGUUUCUGAGAUCUGAUCAAGAGAUACAAAUGUUGCAGAAGGAACACAAUGUCGAUUGUAUCUACAUUACAUUGUAGAUUCUUCAUGAGGUCAUUAGAACAAUGUGUUGCUCUGUA